AUGGCGACGCAACAGAUUCUGUUUGCCGAGACGAUAGCCGGCAUGAAAAAGGCGUUCAAAAGAAGAGCAUAUGAAUCCGAUUCCGACUCCGAAAUAGAACAUUAUAGCAACCGCGGGCACAAGCUUAAGAAGAAGGGCCGCUUUGCGCACAAGGGUCAGCUGGUGCCGCCCACGGGGCCCAGCGCCUACAAAGAGGAAAUUGAUUACGCAGGCGUCCGUCGAUCCAUUAUCUAUCGCAAUGCACCGCUGGUGGAUGACGACGGCUACGAGGUUUUCAGCGAAGACGAAGCCGACCGCGUGGAGAAUGCCGCCCAGUCAGCCGCCGAGCUCAACCCAUAUGCCAAUAUCCGCCUAGAACACACCCUCGCCCCGUUGACCGCAGCGACCGACCUCGCGUCCCACCCAGCCCUCUCGAAGCCAUUCAUCUCUAAAACGCUGACCGAGCUGGUCGAACACAGCUGCAAGCUGAUGCGCAACGAAAACCAAUCAUUAUGGGAGGUGCGGCAGCUGUGGACGUCGCUGUAUGGCGACAACACAUGGAUACCGUGCGAGCUCAUGGUUGGCGAUGAUGACACGGAGUUGUACACACAAGAUCAGAUAGCUCGUCGGCUGGAAGCAUUGUCAGCAAAUUCAGGGACGGCGACGGUUAACGGCGACGCCACCAUGGAGCAGGAGAUGCAAAAUGGCACGAGAGAGAACGGCGACGACUCGAAUCACGGCGGCGACGUGUCCAUGGGAGGGGCUGAAGCGAGCAACGGCAUUGUCGCAGCCAGAGACACAGAUAAAACAAAAGAAGUCGAAAGGAAUGGCGAGAAUGCUACAGUCGAUAAGCACAACGACAAGACAGAAAAGCCGGCAGACAUCGAGGAAGAGUCAGCCCAGGCGAGCAGGGAAGAAGGGGAGGGCGAUGAUGGAGACGAAGCCCUGAUACACCCCAUUUUCCUACCGCCCGCGAUGGCACGGCCAGACCGCGACCUGGGGCUGCCGGCGAGCGAGGCAGACGACAUCCGGCGGCUGCUGGCGCUGUACGUGCAGAAGCAGGAGGAGGUGUGCCGGGGCACUUACAAGCUGCACCGGGGCCUGCUCAAGGCGCAGCGGCUGCGCGGGGACGUGCUGCACUGGUCCAAGGCGGAGGCGCACUGCGGCCCCAACCGCGACAUGUCGGACGGCGAGGACUGGUACGACAGGGAGGAAUGGGGCCUGGACGAGGAUCUCAAGAAGGGCCAGGACGAGGAGGAGGAAGAUACCACGACGCAGGCCAAGAAGACGAGGGCCCGGAGGUAG